GUUUCUGUUUCGAUUAAUAAACAGAGAGCCGUGAAAGUAUAAACAGAGAACUGUAUUAAUUAUAUUAUAUUAUAAUAUUUGCCUAACGUUUACUUACUUUACACGCUUUCUGGUCAACUAAUUGUUUUAUUUAUAAACGAUAUUUUAUUAUUUAUUGAUAAAAACAAAAAUUUGCUAAGAUUUCUUCCUAUUUCCAUUAAAAGUAAGUAACGACAAUAAUUUAUUAUUUAAAAACGUACCGCAUCGGUAAUUUACGUUCCUUGUUAUCAAUAUGCGUAAUUUCAAGGUACGGCAACCCUACCUGGUUAUGUUUACGAAUGAAGGUAAGCAAGCUAAGUAACAAAUUUCACAUGUUUUUCUUUAGAUUUCCCGGCUGAUUGUGUUGGAAAUAUUUAAUUAGAAUUUACGUUUAAAUUUAAAACGAAAAUAAAAAAAACCAAGUUUCUAUAUGCCAAAUGCAAUUAGAAACGAGAGAUACCUUUCCAGCGAAACGAAUUAUAGUAAAGCUAAUCGAGGGAGCACUGCACCAAUACGAACGAAAUACGAGCACGGUGGAUAUAGAGUCAAGUGUAGAAGUGCACACAAAUCAUUUAUUGCAGCAACUCAAAGCUCUUUUGGGCGAUAUCCUCGUUGAGGCAUUGUGCAUUUUGGAUGAGCAAAACAUAAUUGUAUACACUAAUGAAAGUUGUGCAAUUGCCGAGCUACAGAUCAAAUAUCAACAAUACAGUAGCUCUAUUUGGUUGUUUCCUGGCGUGAACUAUUGCAAUUGCAAACAGUUCAACGAGCGUGUGUUGGGUUUAUCAAGUGAGCUACAGCAUUCAAAUUCAGACACACAAAGGGAAAACGUGCAGCGGAGUUAUACUUGUGCACAUGUAUUGGCUUUACGUCUCGCACAGCUGUUACGCCCAGUGCCAAGCGCUUACAAAGUGGAACCAGUGACGCAACAACAAUUUAAGAAUCUGAAUGAUCGAAUGGAAUGCAGUUUUUUAGAAAUAUUUAAAGAAAAUUCGGAUUGAAAAUUAACGAAUGCAACAUUCAAAGACCCUCUAUGAGAAGGGACUCUUAAAGAAUCUGAAAAUGUUAACGCAACGUCAAUAUUCGAAUUUCAAAUUUGUAGCACGUUUGGAUCAGACUAAGACAUUUUAUACAGGCAUAAAAGCUUUAAAUUUUGAAAAUAAUGGCAAAUUUCAAAUAAGUGAAGAGGGCCUACGUGUGACCGUGGAGGAGGGUAAUUGUGUGCAAGCUAAUCUUUUUAUGACCGCAUCAUGUUUCGCCGAGUUUCAUGUUGUCGACACGGUGACCUUUGGUCUAAACAUGAAUAUCAUCUCCGAGUGUUUGGGACUCUUCGCUGGCAUACCAUGUAGCUUGAAAAUGUUCUACAAAGGCGACGGUGCACCAUUGGUGCUCGUGCUGCGACCAAACGAUGAGCCGGAUAUAUCAGCAGAAUGUUCCAUCAAAACUACCAACGUCGACGAAGUAAUAGAUUAUAAUCUCGAUGAAGAGAGUGCCAGUUUAAAUGUGGUCUUUGUGCGCGGACCGGCUUUGGCAAAUCUCAUACAAGAAUUAAAUAAAGCGGCCGAUGAGUUGAGAAUAACUUUAUCGCCGCGCACGCCGCAUUUUAAAAUCGAAACAUUGGGUGUGAUGAAAACUGAGACAUUUGUUGAAGUGGCCAAAACUAGUGAUAUGAUUAUGUUAUUUAAUUGCCGUGAAACGACGUCGGCGUGUUAUCGCAAUACAGAAAUGCGUAUGACACAUAAAGCGCUGGCGGCCGCCACCAAAGUUGCAAUCAAAACGGAUGCAAGUGGUUUGCUCGAAAUGCACUUUAUGAUGCAAUCCGAAGACCAGGCAGAGGUAUAUGUACAAUUCUAUAUAAUGCCGUUGGCGGAUAUUUAAAAUUUUACACAUUGUUGUUGUUGUUAUAGAGCGUGUACACUUUUUUCAAUAUGUAUUAUGAAAUUAAGAAUUUCUGUGAAAUCUAAAAAUCGCAAAAAUGUUACACUAAGCGAAGAGUUUAAAAAUAAAUUAAGUUUUAAUACCAACAUUA